AUGUCGGCCCUGGCCCCUAGCGUGCUGCGGAACGGGCUCUGGCAGCCAGAAAGGAAGGCUUGCUGCAGCAUGUCGAGGCCACUGUCCUCUCCCUUCCCUUCCUCACUCAUCCUGCCCGCCACAGCCGGCAGAACGGGGGCGACAGUGAGAGCCGUUUCAGCGGACCUGGUGCUGCAGUCUCUCCACAAGUUUUACCUAGCUUUCGAGAACUCUCUGCAUCUUGACUACAUCACAGAGAAGCUGUCCUGGAGAUCCUCCUGGAGGAGGCCUCCUGGGGGCCUGCACCAUACCGUGGUGCUGGGUCCGAGCAGGAGGAACCACAAGAAAUUCCUGCCUCCCGAUGCCUUCUUCCACAUCAGUGACUUCCAGAGCCCCAAGGAACUGGCCCAGUACCUGCUGCCGCUGGACAAGGACCACACCCUCUACCUCGGCUACUUCUGCUCACGGGAGACCCUGCGGCCUCCAUCCUUCAGCAGGGCCCUGAUGUUCUGCAGCUGCUGGCGGCUGCAGGAGGAUUCCCCCUACCCGGCGGUGCCCAGCGCAGCCUCCUGGUUCACGUGAGCUGGCCAGCCUGGGGUGUGGGCUGCUCCAGACACACCUGCUGGGGACCUCACUGCCAGGGUGGUGGCUCACUGAUUGCUGGGGAGCUCACUGAGCUGGGGCUUCCCUUACUGAGCACCUGUGUGGCCAGGAGAUCAGCUCUAAGGGAUCCUACCUCCCAGGAGCCUCACCUCCGGGGGUCUCACCUGCUGGGGACCUCGGUUGUUGGGGACCUCGCCUGCCUGGGGACUCACCGGCCAGAGGAGGGGCAUCCCCACCUGCUGGGAAUCUCACGUGCUGGGAUCUCAUUUACCUGGGACUUCACCCACCCGCACUAUGCUGCCAGGACAUCGGCUCUAGGGACCUUACCUGCCAGGGGCCUCACCUCCUGAGGGGCCUCACCUUCUGGGAACCUCGGCGGUUGGGGACGUCACCCGCUGGGGAUCUGAAACAGGUCAUCUAGCCUCACGGGGACUCACUUGCUAGGAGCCUCACUGAACUGGGGUGUCACCUGCUGCACCCCUCACCCACUAAAACUCCCCUUGGGGUCCCACUCACUGGUGAGGGGUCUGCUAGAUUUGCUUGUGGUUAUCAUUGCUGUUGCUCACUGCCUGCAGGGCAUGCGGAGGGACGAUACUGGCACCAUUCUCCGGAUGGGAAUGCUCCGAGGAAAACCGAUGUCUUCUCCCUUAUUUUAGAACAGCGGU